UCGUAGUUGUAUUUCGUUUUUUACCAUUCGAACCAAAAUUAACACGUCUUAAUAUUGUUAUUAUAAUUAAAAAUGGUCGAAGAAACCCCUAUAGCUGAAAAUGUUGAGAAAACUGAAACGGAGCAGGCUCCUCCGCCACCGGAACCCACCAAAAUAUUCACUGUAGAAAUUCUUCAUAUGGUGAAAGAUGCUCAACAACAACAUGGUUUGAGGCAUGGUGACUAUCAACGCUACCGUGGUUAUUGCACUCGUCGUAUUCGUCGUCUCAGGAAAACCUUAAAGUACCCUCAGGGCGACAAGCGUCACUUCAAACGGAAAGAUGUGACGUUAGCUCAACUGACUGGAAAACGAGCAGAUGAACGCUUCAUACAUAUUCCAUUGAUAAGCGCCGAACGUGCAUGGUCGUAUGCAAUGCAGCUAAAACAAGAAGCUAACACGGAGCCAAGAAAGCGUUUCCAUUUGAUUAACAAGCUACGUAGGGCUUGUUUCUAUGCUUUACAAUUACAAGAGCUUUGUAAUUCUGAAGCAUUUGAUGCGCGCACCAAGCUGGAAUGUGAAGCUUAUGUUGCUUGGAUGCACGGUACCCUACACUUUGAAUUGCAAUUGUGGGGUUCUGCUUUAGAGCAUUUGAAACGAGCUCAAGUAGUUUACGAAAAUCUUGCCAAGGCUUUGCCUGAGGAUGAACAAGAACUUUACCGUGCUAAAGUGAACGAAUUUACGCCCAAUCUUCGUUAUUGUGCUUAUAAUAUUGGUGGUGGUGGUGGCACCAAUAAAAUUGAUGAUUUGCUUGAAUUGCGUGCACAAGGAUUAUUGGAAAACCUGGAUCUAUUGGUUAGUCAAACAAAAAUGGAGAGUAGCGAAGGUCUGCAAACCAUCGAAUGGCGCAGUCGCAAGGUUACUGUACGUCCAGAAAAAGUUCGUCUAUUUUUGCUCAGUAUACAAGAAGUCGAUAAGUCGUUAGAGAAGACUACUAAAGUAGACUCAAAAAUCGAAUUGAUUGAACGUAUUUUGAUGGAUUGCAAAGAUGCCAUACAAGCAGUUAAAGAAGAAAUCAAACAAGAUCCGAAAUUGCGCUCGCUAACCACUGGACAGACUGUGACUGGGGUACAAUAUUUAUUAGCAUAUUUAUCAUACAUACGGCACAGUCGUACUUUGCAAAGAAAUCUCUGUCUUGUAGAGCAGGCGAAAUCUAACUUCGAUGAUCCAAAUCAAAAGUCACAAGUUGUUGGCGACGGCAAGCGGGUACGCUCACAGGAUCUCGCACGUUUAUUCGAGAUUAUUUUGCAAAACGUCUCUGAAAUGUUACAAAUCCAAGGGAUGGAAGACGACGCUGCCUACAAAGACGAAAUGGAAAAUUUGGCUCUGACAUUUAAAGCAUUCCGUUGUUAUUACAUCGCACUAACUCUAAUUGAUAUGAAAAAGUGGAAAGAAGCAGUUGCUCUUUACGAACGUUCUUCGAAAUAUGCCAACGAAGCACUGAGCGGUAAAGUCAGUGAUGAAUUCAAUUUAACUGAUGAAUUGAAGAAACUUGUCUCGACCAUUGACGGUUGCAAAUUUUCGGCGCAUGCAUAUAGUGUGCUUGAAAAUGAUACCUCCGAGGAUUCGGUUUCUACAUCCAAGUCUCAAAAAUCGACAAAACCAUUAUACGAGCGAUUGUCACAGUACAAGGAAGACCAGUCUUUGCACACUAAAACGCCAAAUGUGUUCAAGAUGACACCCGAAAUGGAGGCAAUACCAUGCAAACCACUCUUCUUCGAUUUAGCAAUUGGUCAUAUUGAACUACCAUCGCUGGAUGAUAAAUUGCAGUCGCCAGGCAACAAAGGCGCAUCGAUUUCCGGUUUUGUCAAGGGAUUCUUGGGCUGGGGUGGAAAGAAAUGAGGUGCCUGCGGGGUAACAACAUUUAAUAAUGCUACGAACAUCAUUAACCAUCUAUUUAGUUAAUUACAAAAAUGAAUGAAAAAUUUCAUGCUUGUCCAAGCUGUUAGUGAAAUUGCAAUCAGAAGAAAAUUUCAGAACAAACUUAUAAUUGAGAAAUGCAUUUCGUGUAUGCUGAAACAAGCUAAUUGGACAAUUAAUUUUGAGUGC